AUGCCCCGUUUCGUAGCUUCCCAGCCGGCGCGCGGAGUACGCGCUGCUCCUGCAACGGCUGUGUCGGUGCCUGACAUCAUCCGUCCAGUCACUGCGUUGCGUGACCUGAAGGUGACACUCGAACCCGUGAGUGUUCGUGGCCGGGUCUGCUUUUUGGGUGGUGCUGCUAACGCGUAUCCCUGUCGCCGGCUUCGCCUGACAGAUGGCAAUUGCACUGUGUCCGUGAAAUCCGGGGCUCGCGAUGUGUGGACCAAUGUGCAGCUGGACUCUUACGUGGAGCUGCGAAAUGUCACAGUGCACCCGGCUUGGCGAGGCGUGCCAGGCCAGCUCGAGCUCCACUACCACGCCGACAGGGACGCCACAGACGGGAAACGCCGACGCUUGCUGCACAGGUCCUCCGCUAUCUUGCUGGAUACUCCGUGCAGCAUUCCCGAGACGGAGUUCCAGAUGUCUCGCGCAAGUGAGCUGGUUGUGGACGAGGCAGCCACGGUCGAGCUCAACAUGCAGGCGACAGUUGUCGAAGUGGGUGAGCUGGAUGCAUCGACGGAGGGACGUCCGCGCCGACGCAUCAUCGUCUCCGAAGACGAUGGCUCGC